AUGCGGCAGCGCGUUCGACUCUGGAGCUGGCGGACGCCGCCAAGCACCACCAUCUUUCUCUUCAAGGUACAGCUGUCCAUGCUGAGGAGCUCCUCGCUGGACGCCGGGUUCCUGCUGGGCAUCGGGCCCGUGCUGGAGAUCGGGAACGUGCUGGAGUUGGGGACCCUUCUGGGCUUCGAGACCGUGCUGGACGUCGGGACCCUGCGGGAGAUCGUAAUCGUCCUGGGCAAUUGGACCAUGAUGCUGCUCCUCGCCCUCGCUGGGCUGAUGCACCUCUUGACAGCGACGAUGCCGAUGGAGAGCGCGACCGAACCCCGCCUCGAGCGGGUGACCAGGCCCUUGCCCAUACGUUGGUGCCCCCCGCUGUCCCACAUCAAGAGGACAGUAUCCCUCCACGAGAGGAAGACCAUACAAUCGACGCUCCAGCAGCUCACGUACACGACGAAUGAGCUCAUCUGCAUGACGGCCACGUCGCUCGCCGCACACAACGUGACCACCGCCUACUCCACCGACUUCAUCACUGCCUACACCAACGACCUGGUGCACCUGGGCAAUGACUCUUUCCUGAGCGCGCUCGGCUCCCUGCUGGCGUUCCUGGCUGUGGUGCUGCCGUUCCGCAUGCCGCUGAUGUUCGGCCUGACGGGCUCGCGGAACCUCCUGGACCUCAAGAUGCUCAACACUCUCUUCGGGAGAUUCUUCCCGCUAAUGGUUCUGCUGGUGGCGCCCCUCUCCCUGCUCUUGGUGACGUUGCUGACCGUCCUGGCUCAGGCUCUGCGGGCGGCUGUGAUACUCUUCUUGCUGCACGCGCUGUGCCUCCUGAUGCUCGUGUCGACCCUGGCCUUCACAACCG